AUAUCGCGCUCAACCUCAUCCGACAAUCUUUUUAUUUAGGUGUGAAAUAUUCGUAUCAUUUUGCACCUUAAAGCUUUGUCGUUGAAAGGCUUUAUUGUUGAAAGGCUGUAUCGUUGAAUGAAGGUGUAAAGAACGUCACAAGCUCUGUAAGCUGUGUUAGGCUUAAACGUUCAUGACGGGGUGACUUUAAACAGAACCAAAAUGAUCUUAACGACGAGAGCUAAAGUGGUUAGUUCAAUUUUUAUUAUUGGUUUCACGACCUAUCUCUUGUACGUUUCCUACCAAGCGGAGUUCAGACUAGGAAUGAGCCAGCUCAUAAACGUCACCUGCAGAACAGAUGAGAUCGUCAGUCGAAAGGUUGUUCCAACUCAAGCUACAGACACAGAAAAACCCACGAAUAACUCGUCGCCAAAGGUUUUCAUUUAUCUCACUCAAACAGAACAAUGCCUCCCUUCAAACUUUGCCUCUUCUUCCGAGAUCGGCGACCCCGAGACAUGUAACUGUGAUGUCAUAGUGCUAAGCUUUCGUACUAAAUGUCAAGUGCAAAAAUCGCCCCACAUCACUUAUCUGUUCGAUCCUAAUACUGGAUGGGGAACAGGACGAAAUGUGCUGUAUUUUGCUGCAAUAACGAGAUCCCCAAAAUACCAUUAUUACAUUUUUAUGGAUGAUGAUGUGAUGCUGCAUUUCAAUUCAUUUGCUCCGCCACAAAUGAAGAAGCUUCCGCCGUUUAGAGUCUUCGAACAAUGGCUCUUAGAUUACGAGCCUGUAGUUGGCGUUUUGGAUUAUGGAGUUCACUAUGGGGCAAGUUGGACCAAGGAUAGACGACGGACUAUAUGUAAAAAGACGGACAAUCCCCUUGUGAUAACAUCAGUAUGGUUCGAUGGUGUUUUCAAUGCAUUUCAUUAUAAAGCUAUCGAGCAUCUUUUCCCUUACCGCACGCAGUACGAAAAAAUAAGUUGGUGGUCGCUGCAUCGAUACAUGUGUACUGCUGUAGAACUGAUAUUUCGAGGCCAGGCAUUGAUGUAUGUGCCUAUUACUGCGGGUAACCCAACCCAUCGCUCAUACCCAAAGAGUGUGUCGAACAUGAGUGUAUACUGGAGAAGUUACGUCGACACUAUUCGAGCAGAAGCUCCUUUAGUUUACAGAAAUCAGUCGUUAUUUGACGUACUAAGGCAGAAUCUUGAGGAUUACAUUAUGAAAACGAGAACAUAUUGCAUGACUGAAUCACGACAUCAACCUAUAAAACCAUACGCUCAUUUUGAUAGUCGAACAGAGAUGUAGUUGAGGUUAGUGAAGAGAUAAACUAUAGUUCAGCGAUUUUUCUUAAUCUUUCUUCUUUUAGGCCCAAUCCGUGGAUUAAAUGGGAAACCCAUUCAAAUUAUAAGGCGCUUUGUUUUGUAACAAAGUCUCAACAAAGAGAUGUCCGCGAGGAGAAGUUCGACUCAUCAAACCAUAAUUCACGUGUUGUCGGGUCGCUAAAUUUUUUCUUUUUUCUCAGUUAAGCAGCCAGGCUGCUUCAAAAUUUAAGAUUCAAAAUGGUGACGGUUGUCCAUUUUCAACACAUAUUAUGAUAAAUUCUGAAAGUUAGUUUGUCCCAGGAGGAAGGAGGUGACUCCAUUGUUUUCUGGUGUAAAUCACUGCUAGUGUGACGUCACGUAGUUUCGCAUGCUUGCUUAGUUAAGCGAGGGAACGCCAUUUGUAGGAAACAAACAGAAGGCCAUAGGCUAUUAUUAGGUUACUACUAACUGAUUUAACAUGUUUGUGCGAGGUUUGUUGUAUAUUUGCCUUUGAGUUAAAUUGUUUAUUGUUCUGUGAAAGUGAUUAUUUGUAAUUUCAUUAAUUGUAAUUCCACCGUAUUGACUUCGGAACCUGUCAAGAGAAACCAAAACUAAUGCUGUUUUCUCGCUAAGCGUUUAAUAGAUCGACCACAAUUAAAGUAGUUUUUCCCUUAUUAAUAAAAUUUUAUACCCUUUGUUA